UCUUAGGCUGAGUUUGUGUCUCUUCCCUAGUCUUGAAUUAAUGAUUAGAAUAUGUGAAGUAUUUUAUCUUUUUGUGAUUUGUAAACCACAAAGCAUAAAUAUGUUCUUUUUUUGUCCACUGCAGUUUUCACACUUCCAUAGUGAAUUACAAGAAAACAAAAUAGCAGGAUAUCUCUUACUGGAAAUAUGUUUAGCUCACUAAGUAGCUCUGAGAUUCAAUAAACGAUCUGUCAUCAGAAAAUGGCACUAAGUAAUUUGUACAAGCUGUAGUUAAGACCAAGUUAAGUUUUAGAAUUCAGGAACUUCUAAUUGCUGUAUAAAUAAAUGCAUGCAACAUGUAUGUAAGUGUCUUCACUUUUAGGUAAGGCAGAGAACCUAAACCCAGAUAAACCUAGAAAAUGAACUUUCUAAGAUGUUUUUAUUAUUGUACAAUUGUCAACUUGAGCUGACGUCAUGACUUAACCUAGUUUUGCUGAAUAAAGUUAACCACGCAGGAAAUGAAAACUUCGGUAAUCUAUAAGUGAAAGCAAACUUUGAUUUUUUUGUAUUUCCUUUUUUUUUGUCUUUGCAAGUGGAAAUAAUCAAGUAAAUGAGUUCAGAAACACUUAAAUGAAAAUUGACAGUAGCGGGAACAAAAGACUAGUAAAAUCACUUGGAAAAUUUGCUGACAGAUUAAAGCAGAACAUGGAUAUUGGAUAGGAAAACUAAAAUAACUAUAAAUGAGCGCCUAACAUUUUUUGGGAAAGAAAUUUACUUCAUCAAUGAAAUAAUGUGCAAAUGAAUAAGGAAGAGAUGAUUUACUCCUCAGAAGCCUGGAAGAGAGCAAUGUGACAGGAAGUGCCCUUGAAUCUAUAUUCUGUGAUAACCAAUCAGAUUCAUCUGACACAUGUGACAUAAAAGGUUUGUGCUAAAAUACCUCCUACACUGACUGAAAUAUCUACAAGCUCCCUAAAAAGCGAUGUUGCCAAGAUGAUUGUGAUAUGGGUUGCACUGCUUGCUAUUCAUCAAGGAUACACACUUAUUCCAGUAACUAAGGUUCAGCUCGGUGAACCUGCAACUUUACUGUGUGACCUGCCUAAGACCGUGUACAGGCGUAGAGUCGAUUGGUACAAGCAGAGUCCUGGAGACACUCUGCAAAGAAUUUGGACAGUGAAGGACUCUGCAGCACCUGCCUUUGCACCUGAGUUCAACAACUCAAAAUGGGAUGUUAAGUAUGACAAGAAUUUGAGCAAACUGACCAUUUUGAGGACAAGACAAGAGGACGAAGGAAUGUAUCACUGUGGAUUCACAGCGUGGCUCCAAGAUACCAAAUGGACUGCGACAUAUUUGUUAGUAAAAGGAAACACCCAGAGAACAUCAAACUAUUCUGUUGUUCAAGAGAAGAUAGCCCCUCCAGGAGGCUCAGUCACUCUUCAUUGUUCACUCCUCUCUAAUUUUGAUGACAAGACAUGUUCCGGAGGUCUCAGUAUGUUCUGGUUUAGAGAAGGAUCAAAUCCAUCUCAUCCUAGCAUCAUCUACACUGACGGAAACAGACAUCAUAAAUGUGGGAAUAGCUCUGCGACUCAGCAGAGUUGUGUUUAUCAAUUCAAUAAAAGUAUUAGCUCCUCAGAAGAAGGGACUUACUAUUGUGCUGUGGCCACAUGUGGGAAGAUAUUGUUUGGAAAAGGAACUAAACUGCAAAUAGAGCACAAAGGAGGUUCUGAAUUUUCUGCACUGGUGAUAACAAUAGCCUGCUUGGUCAUUUCUGUGAUUGUCAAUAUUAUUUUGAUCUGUUGCCGAAACCCAAGAGCAUCAUGUGAACAAUUUAAAAAUAACAGCUCUUCACAAGCAAGGCAAAGUGAUUUAUGCCAAACAGUGGACAACAGUGCUGAAAGUGGACAUGAUCUGAACUAUGCUGCUCUUCACUUCUCUGGAAGGAAAGCUACCUGUACAAGAGGAAAGAAGAAGAAUGAACUGGAAACUGAAGAAAGUGUUUAUUCUCAAGUUAAAUGCAAAAUGUAAAAGUGUAUCUAUGAGUGUCUGUGGGUUGGUUUAUAGUAAUCUUUAUCUAAAAGUAAACUAAUAUCAAAACUGAAAACAUGGUGUUUCCUGUUUGCUUGUUUGUCCUCAUUAUUUAUGUAUAAUAUUAUGAUUUAUUAAAUGAGUGGUAUUAUGUAGUAUAUUAUGAU